UAUUUAAAGAUGACCAACGAUGCGAGAAGGUAAGCGAUCGAAUUAUCCAGGAAUUAUGACUUCCCCUCUUCAAUAUAAACUAACGAUAGCGCAGAGUUUUUAUUUCUGGUGGAGCAUUUUGGAAAAGAACGGCUUAUUCAAAAGUUUAUCGCCGCAAGUUAUUCCUUUAUCGUUUUCGCAUCGUGUCAAUUGAAAUCUAAGAUCUAUACUAAAUUCGAACGUUAAAGUGACGCUGCAAUCUGUUAUAAUGGUUGUAAAAUUUUAUUUUGCUAGCCAAGAAGAGUCAACCGAGACUAUAGACAUGACGAAUGAUGUGCACAGUGACAAACAGCCCCGAAUUGAUGAUGAUUUUAUCACAAGUGAUGAAGAACAGAGAUACCAGCGCGCGGCCUCCUUAGAUAAGCUGGUGGACUACUGCGUCGAGGAAUUCGGUAAGCCAUUAUUUAUACUAAUAUUUUUUAUGUUUAUACAAGAACCUUGCGUGGUUUUAGUGGGAAAAUUUUUCUGUUUGUUUUUAAGAUCCAUGCAUUCAUGUUCGAUGGGUGUAGUGAUUGUUCUAUUAUGUUCAAAAAGAUGACUUAUUUGAAAAGGAAGCCUUUGUUUGUAAAACAUUGGGUACAAUAAUCGAAAACGCUGAAGAUCGACCCUUAAAACAUGGGCGUGUGUAUAAGUUUAUUAUACACAUCCGAGGCGUAACUAACAAAAAUACAUCUCUGUUGAUUGCUUUGUCGCGAUAUCGAGUAGCUUUUAUUUUAUUUUCAAGCGUGUAACAAAAAAAAUAAUAAGGACAUCAUCCAUAUGUUUAUAACCACCCGGCAAUAAUUUGCAUAUAGGUGUCGUCGAACAGUGGAUAUGAAAAUAAGAGGAGAAUUAUAUUGAGUCUUGUACUUUAGCAAUAUUCAUUGAGCAUUGUUCACAAAUAAUUCACGUGAUUCAAGGAAGUUUUAACCGAGAGGCAGAGGUUUCUACAUGUAUUUUCCGUUUUUACAAUCGUCAGCGUUGUCUGUAUGUCUGGAUCGACAAUAAUAUUUCCUAAUGUAAGGUUAAUAAAUUAUUUAUAGGUUCAUUCGACAUAUUAAGUCAAUUUGUGGGAAAAAACUCAUUUUAGAAUUUCUAGAAAGUCAUUAACUGAAGCGUAGUUGUGAAUCACUUUAUAUUUCACCAAAAAUUUGAUAUUAAUUUGGUCUGGUAAAAAAAUAUUGAAUUACAUGUAAGGUUUCUGUUAGACCUUAUUGUUUGUGAAUGUGGCAUUUAUAAAGAAUACAGUUUAUUUUAUUUAAUUGAUCUUGUAGGUUCAAUCCAUUCUCUGGUAAAACCAGCAAUCAACUUAGUUUGUUUUGGAAUUUCCGUUGUUUUCUAUUAAUAAUUAUUAAGCUAGGAGACAAAGUUAAUUCUGGAUUAACCUGAGAACAGAUUCUACAUUUCAACAUAUAGGCUACUUAAUAAUAACAGUAUGUAAACAUGUAGUUGCUCGAUGAACUGCUCCAUUGUUAUGGGCUGUGCAUAGCUGAAAAAAAAGAAAAAAUAGUACAUGAAAAUUAGCCAAAAUGCGCUGUAGGUGCUAUGAGCAAAUAACUUGGUGUAGUAUCUGAGCCAAGAAAAGUUAGGCUCUCAUGAGAUCCAAAAUAUUUAAAAAAAUAAUUAUUUUUCUAUUUUGCCACAACAAUAAUGAAGGGUUUCCUGAAAAAAGGGCAUAAUUAUUAUUUGUGUAUUAUUGAUAAGCAAAUUACUCCCUUUUUCAGGAAACCCUUCAAUUACUACCACAGGAAGUAGUUAUAUAAGUACGAAGUUAAAAAAGGGCUUUGAUAAUUGCAGAGGGAACUCAAGACAGUUUGUGAUAAUGCAUGGAAAACCAUGAAAUACCAUGUUUUCCUACUCAUGUGUUUUCUAUAUGUAAAACUGAAAUAACUCAUUGUGCCAAAAAUAAUAAUGUUGUAAAGAAAUAAUAAUAAUAAUAAUACUGUUAUUUGUUAAAGCGCAGCCAAUGAUCAUUAAUGAUAGCAAAAAAAGAAAAAAAAGCUACAGACAAACAAGAAAAAAUAAGAAUAUGGGGUUUUUUACCACAGUUUGGAUGUAUUUGAAUUCAGUGUACAUGUGUAUGUUUUACAUGUAGGAAAAAUCCAUUCAAAGGUUAUUAAGCAAAAUUCCCUGUCUCCUAUUGUUCAUAAUAAGGUUGGAUAUUGGUUUGACCAGAGGACAGAUACAUGUAUAAUUUUACCUGACUGUAAGGCAGUAAGAAUUGCAAAGACAAACAAAGGGUAACUUUUAAUGGUACUUAUGUUAUUGUCCAGUACAUAAGUCGUGUAAACAAAGGAACAAUUGUGAAGGAAAAGGCACUUCUCACAAGUAGGCAUCUACAGGUGUAAAACUACAGUCGAAUCCCGAUAACUUGAACCUCCAAGGGAAAUAGAGAACAGUUCGAGUUAUCGGGAGUUCUAGUUAUCGAGGGUAAAAUUAUAUAGAAACGAUCUGAAGGGAAAUGAAAAUUGCUUCGAGUUAGCGGGAGGUUCAAGUUAUAGAGGGUUCGAGUUACCUGGAGUCGACUGUAUAAUAUAAUAGGCUUGGCCUCUGUGUAUUGCUUGGAGGCCUUUAAAUUUCAUUGCUAUUGCACUAAGUCUUUGGAGAAUAACAAAUCCUUUUUAAUUUAAUGUGGACAUGGAAGCGGAAGCAAUCUAGUGUGUGUCUGUAUUACGGAGAUGUAAGAGAUCACAUGACUUGAUUUGCUGUCUUUGAGACCAAACAACUGUUAGUAAAAGAAAAGUGCACAUAUCUAGGAGGUGUACAAGAGAAAUGAUUCAAGUUUACUUCACGUUCAAACACUAAAGGGAGAUUAAAAGUCAAAUUUUUUAAUGAGACAUGGAUCAUUCUGGUAACUCUUCUUCAAUAGAGUAACUUGACCUCUUUGGGAUUGUCUUGUCUUGUUUUCCUGUCCUACUUUGCUAACUGUCUGCCUGAGGUGUAAUUUGAAUCUGAUCUCAUGUCAAAGGAAACCCUGCUUGGUGACCUUAAUUUGUAUCUUCAGCGAUUAGUUAAGUUCCAGAAGAUGUAAAAUCAAAGAUCAUGUUUCCUCAGUACGUGUGCAGUUGGGAGUUCCGGCUCCCUUAGAUUUCACUUUAAAGAAUUAUUAGAAUGUCUUAAAAAAUCAAUAUUCUUAAAAUUUUUUAAAAGCUUCAUUGCACCAAACGUCCCAUGAAUAUUGCCUUGUAUGUUGUUGAUCAUAUAGAGUAUGUUUAGUUUACAAGUGUAUACAUGCAUGAACAUGUGGAUCAGAUAUUAUCUUCUUUUGUUAGUACAUGUCAGUCAGGGUUCAUAAUUAACGUGCUGGCAAAAUGUGAGUGGGUUUUGGUACUUGCAAGUCAAAAGAAUUAUACCCUCCAGCAAACAUCUGUGUGUAAGCAUUUUUUCAGUAAAAAUUUGAAUUGAAAAACAGAAUUAAUUUUUCGACAAAAAAGUUGGUUUUACAUUUAAUGUGUGUACAACUAGGAAGGAAGCGGGAUCAACACUGCAUGCCUGGGCAGGGGUACUUUGGAUCUCAAGUGACGAGGAUGAUCGCAGUUAUUUUUGGGGGUUUGAAAUUUUUGAUCCCAGGAUUCUUUUGGUAGGAAAAUUUGUUAAGUUUUUUUGGGGGUGGCUUGGUUUAAGUACUAGGGAUUUUUCAAAAAAAAUCUGAAGAUUUGUGGUUGUGCAUGCGGAUCCAAGCCGCGCACUUCUGCGAUCAUCCCCAUUCACUGUAUUCAGCUGUAUGUUUUACUCUGUAAGUAAGAGCCUAUGAAAGCUACAUGACUCUACUCUACUAGAAAAUCACAAUGAAUAACUUCACACUUUUAGAACUGCUUACACUUCAGCUUUUUCUUUUUAAUAGUAAGAGUUAAGAUUGCAUCCUGCAUGUAUGUUUACAUGUUGUGUAUGGGGAAAUUCCCUCAAUUGUUUUGGUUUGAAGAAUUAAAGGAAUUUCUUAAUAAGGAAAGUCUUAAAAGUGUUUGUUUUUUUUUUAAAGACCCUUUUAUACAGCUAAACCGACAAUUCAUGUCUAUUGCCAUAAUACACUGUAAUCAUUAUAGCUUUUCCACCCACUUCUGCGAGUCGGGCAAUUUAAAUAAAAAUACAGCUUAAACUUUAGAAUGAAGAUCCAAUAUUUAACUGAACCUGGAAUUUCUAUUUUUAUGAUGACAGUUGAAAUCAUUCGUAUGGGGUACAUGUUUUUAAUUAUACUCUCUAAGAAUAUUUUUGCCAUAGUUUAUUGCAUCUAUAGGUGUAGGUAUUAGAUCAAGAUCUCUUUAUCUCUUUAAUAAAAAAACUGUCUGAUAUGAAGAUCUGCAACUUAUUUUUUCUAAUUGUUUGCCUUGUACUAGGCCCUUCUUAGGGUAAAAUUGCGACAAGUGACAUGCAGCAUGGGUUAAACACUCACAUGGACAUGGCCUACUCCUCAAACUUACGGCGCUUUCCAUUUGUCAGAACUGGCCGGCCAGACCAGUCAUUUUGACAAUGAAAUUGGCUUUUUGCAAGGGUUUUUGCCGAAAAACCAUACCCUUCCUACACAUUCUUUAGGAUUUGACUAAUCUGGUUGAAUAGUUUUGAUUAACAGUGAAAUUCUCAUUACGUCGGGAAGAGUCUGGCCAGCCAGUUCUGAGAAAUGGAAAGCACCCUUAGAAAUGACCUUAUUUGAUAUUCAGACUAGGGACAUACAUACCCCCUUCCCCCCUCCUCCUUGGAGGGUCUCCUGUACAUCAUGUUAACAUUAAGACUGAUUUGAUUCUGUCUUUUAGCAGGUGGAAAUCCUCAGCCUACAAUGUCAGAGGCGUUUCUUUCAAAUUGUGUAUUUAUGACAUACAAAUGGUUCCUUUCCUCCGAAGAGCUUCUCAAGAAGUUUAUGCAACGGUAUCCUUGACAGUAUGAAAGCACAGUUGGGUGGUCUUUUUUUUACCGUAAUAAAAAUAUUGUUCUUAUGUUUGUACAUGUUAAAUGUUUUGUUAUAAUGAUAAGGUUGUUAUAUAUUCCAGUUUUUACCUGUGAUUAUUAUAAGAUAAUUACAUUCCUCAGAUUGCUUUUUCUCUUAAGAAUUGACAGUUGUUGUUAAGAACAUUGGAUAGAGCCUUUUUUUACACAUUAUAAACAAAAUUAAUGUACAACUGGAACAUCAUCUUUUAUGCAAGUCCACUUUAUUAGCAUUUAGCAUUCUAUAAUUUGAUUUUUGUGCAAGGUUAGUUUUCUAAGAAAAAAUGGGGUUAUAAACCAUAGCCUAGCUUUUAUCAAGAAAUAAAUGUGUUAAAUUAUUAUUUUGUUUAGAUUACUUCCCUCUGGUGUCAAAAUUGACCAACUUCACUGAAAGAUUUUGAAACAGUGUACUAUUUGAAACCAAAUUUUAAAAAACAUUUCAUAAAAUUAAUAUAAUUAACAUCACAAGUAGAAGUAGACUGAUAGAUCUGGAUUAAAUCUUGAUCAUUUAUUGCUACGCAGAGUUUCAUGCCUCUUAUGAAGCAAUCAUCAGGCAAAUGUUAUUUAUUUCUUGACUCAAGUCAAUUAUCAGAUACUCUGAUUUCUCCAAUUCAAGUAACAAACAACAAAGAAAGUUUAGGACAAGUCUUUGUUAUGCUGUUGGGUAUGUAAAAUAUUUUAAUAUUAUUUUAGUCUAAAAUUAAUCUUGGCUUAAAUUAUUAACUGUGUAAAUGAGUUUUAGAGAAGCAUGUUAUUCUAGAAACUAAUUAAAAACUUGUUAAUAUUUUUUGUGGAUAAAGAAUUAAAGAAAUAAUAUUAAUCUAUCAUUAUUUUUUAAGUGUAUUUGAUUUUAUUUCAGCUUCAGUUGAAAUCACCAAAUGAAGUAUUGUUGCAAGAUCAUCCAAUGAAAUGCAUGUCAUUUUUAUGUGCACAGGUUUUGGAUGACAAGAUAUGGAAAUGACUUCAAGAAGAAUGAAAAAUUGACGUCACUGCUGAAAGAAUUUCACAAGAGCGUAGAAUUUGAGGUGGAAAGAGAAGCCAUUGAUCCUUCUAAUAUGUAAGGGAACCAGCAUUUAUCCCACUUAUUCAUUCAUUUGUUCCUUCCUUCUUUUAUUUCUUCUUUCAUUUGUUCAGUCAUUUAUUCAUUAGCACAUCUGUUCAUUCAUUCUCUCACUGGUUUGUUGGUUCAUUUUCAUUUUCUCGCUCAUUGAUCUUUAACCCAGUGAUUGGAAGUAAGUUAACUAACCCUGUACUGAAGUUUUUAAAUAUAUGAAAAUCGUACUGUAAAUGAUGACCUGCUACCUUUGCUCUUUAAAGAUGAAGAUUUAAGUUAGGGAUAACAUUGUGCUUGGCAUUUACUUCCUUAUCAGAGGUGUUGAGGAGAUGCGGCAACAUUCAUUCAGUGGGGGGACAGUUGGCGAACAGCAACCAUUAGGACAACGAAAGGGUUCUAUGGCUUUUAAGGAUUUAUCAGCUACUACCAUUGCAGAACAACUAACUUUUCUUGAAUACAGAAUGCUUCGUAGAAUACCAGUAAGGAUAACUCAUUUCUUGUUCAUUUUCUUUUUGGGUUGUUUUUUUUUUUUUCAGAAAUGGUACCUUACCGCCAGGGCAGUCUUUUUGGAGCAGGCGCCAAAAACUGCUCAGACCAAAAUGGGCAAAGUGUAUACUCGUUUUCAGAACAAAACAGCGCAAAAACCCAGCCGAUGGGGCGGCACAUACCUAUAUGGCUUGAUGCACUUCUUUAGCUCACAGACAAAGAAAUAAUAGCCAAGUCUCUAAAAAAUAGACAGCUUUUCACAUGCACUUGGUGUCCUACUGAGAGAGAGUCAGCCCUGUAGAUAGUCAAGGAAGAUGACUAUGACAUAUAGAACAACACAGACCAACUUACAAGAGUUUACCUAAGCCUCCAUUGCAUUUCGUUAAAAGUAUAUGGAACCUUGAUUAUCAACAUUAAUUUUUCAUAUCCAGUUUUCAGAGUGGAAGACAUAUGUUCUUACUGGCAAGUUAAAGGACACCACCUAUCUGGACAGAUAUGUAGCUCUAUUUAACGGUGUAUCACGUUGGGUACAAGGCAUGGUGUUAAAUUGUGUUUCCCCUCAAGAAAGAGCAGCUUGCUUUGAAAAAUUCCAACAAACAGCUAAAGUAAGUAAUUAAAAUGGUACUAGGUCAGUUAUGCUGUAAUUUACACCGUGAGCAGAGCAUGUUUUUUUCUGGCAUGGCCUUGUUUGAGUGGCUUGUCAGUCACAUAGUUGGUUUGUUUAUUCCCAAAGAGAAACUCGAGGGAAGCCCUACAAGCAUAAACAAACCGACUAUGUGACUGACAAGCCAUGAAAAAGACUUCGUAAUUGCUAGAAGCUGUGUUGGAAAGAAAUCCUUGAUCACUGGGUAGUUGUAAGUAAGAUUGUCCUUAUGGUCACAAGAUAAAACAAAAUUGUGCUCUCUAAUUGGAAUGUACAUUAUUGCCUCCCUGUUUUGGGCUAGAUGAAGCAAGGUUAAGCCCAAUCAUUUAGUAUAUUACACAUAUGUUUGCAUGUCUCUUACCAAUUUAUUUUCUUUCAAUAAUUAGCAUUUAAAAGAGCUGCAAAAUUUUAAUGGUCUCAUGGCGGUGGCAGGAGGGUUAAGGAGUACAGCUUUAUCAAGAUUACAAAAAACUCAAGAGCUGCUCAGCCAAGACUGUAGAGAGGUACAGCAAUAAUAUUAACUCUGUGAUGUCUCCCUUAUAAUCUCAUGAUACAAAUGCCAGUUGGGUUACUUCUUCAUCUAGAUUCUAAUUAUUUAAUUUAAUAUUGAUAGAAGGGAAACUGGAGAUUUCUGUGGGUAGUUUUACCCUUGUUGACAAGUCCAGUAAAAAUCAGCAGGGAAUCCCUCUUGCUUGUUGUUUUGUGUUUAAUUGUUUGCUUGGUUUUGGGUGUAUACUACUGCAAAUCUGGUGAUAUGACCUUUCUCUUCUUGCUAUCUCUGAGCUCAUGGAUGUUAAGUAUGCAAGCCAAUCAGAAUGCAGGUAUACUGAAUACUGGAGUACUGUUGAAAUAUUAUUUGAAAAAAUCAGUAGAAUCUUUCCUGAGUUAAUUAACUUCAAAUUAUCUAAUUUCCUUUUGUUCUUUUCUCAGUUCAUGAAGCUGUUGAUGGAGUUUUUAUCCUCCAAUGGGAAUUAUGCAUUCUACAGGAAAGCAUUAAAUGAUGCUGCUAACGGAUUCCAUAUUCCUAUCCUGUAAGUAAAAUGCACCACUAGUAAGUUUUCCUCAUUCAUGAAUAAAAGGUGGGUUCCUUCUGUAGGUACUGAGGCACAGAUUACAUAUAACAAAAGAAACAAUACAACCAAACAAGAAAGCCACCAGGAGAACUGUAUUGUUUGGUUCCUUUGUUGCUGUUGUGAUGACAGUGCCUGCAGAAAGGCCUACAAGGUGCCUGGGGAAUUAGGGAGCAAGAUAUUUAUUUUGGGCUAACAGUAAUGGGUGUAGAAUGGUGUAAUGUCUCUGCAAGGUCCAAGGGGAAGCAUAUACAGUGAACACCCCACUUCUGAGUCCUGUGUAAUAUAGUGAAAAACCGUUCAAUACUUGCUAAAACUCUUGAAGAGCAGUCAGUCAGUUUCAACAUGAGCAUUCUCAGGGUUGUCAGAAAGUUUUGAAGUAGGUGGCCGGGUUGUCAAAGUAAGCAGCCAGUCCAGGGAUAUUUUAUUUAAAAAACGCCAUUCAUAAAGAAAUGACAAGCAGAGUAGCCAGCCGAUACUAACCAAGUAGGCAGUGAUUUUCACCAGCAGCCAGCUACUUUUGACAACGCUGAUUCUUGUCAUGGUUGUCUUGAUGUGCAUGUUAUAGAUACCUUUGUAAACAAAGUGGCUCCUCUCAUUAAUAUGAAAUUUUUCAUAAACCACCUUAAUGGAAGUGUAGGUUUUGAUUUUAUUGCUCAUCAUGUGUGUUUUAUUUUCUCUUUUCCUUCCUCUUAUCCUGAAUGUCUUGAAAACCAAACAAUGUAGAGGUGAGUAAUUCCUGCAUGCACCAAUACAUCUGUAAGUACAAGGUGUUAAACCUUAGUUAAGAAGCUGUUUUUAUGAAUGUCAGGGAGGUGUUUGUAUUAGGUCACACUUGUUAAAUUGAACCUAAGAGUAUCAGUGCUCCAGGUGAGUGUGGUCCUAAAUAGGACUAAUUUUGCCAGUGACUGGCAUUUGGGCAACCUGUAAGACACCCAGAAGCAUGAGGGUUGUUGUCUUUGAUGAUGUUUGCUAGUACUGCACGGGUUGUUGAAAAUGUCACUCAGUCUCUAACAGUCUUAUUCAGAACUACACCCACUUGGGCACAACCUACGCAUGAUAAAUUGACCAUCAUUUUCCAAAAAGUUUCAUGCAGGUGAUUUUUUCUUCCUGCAGGUAUUCAACUGAAGGAUUUUAUCGCCCUUCAUACAGUCCUUCGUGAUAAGACCGACGAUGGCCUCCUUAAUGUACAGAAGAUGAUUCGAUUGGCACAUAUCAUGUCUCCAUUACUACCGGGUCAUAGCAGUCAACCACCUAUUCAACCAAACAUGGACCUCAUUAAAAUGUUGAGGGUAAGAGGAAUGGGAAGUUGUACUCUAAGAAAAUUAAAGGGGGCUGGUGGUCUGAACCUGUGAAAUACAGGGCACCCAAUGUACAUUUUUGUAGCAUUUCUUUGAAUAAACUAUGAUUUCCAGGAGUGGAUCCAGAAAAUUCUGAAAGGGGGCUAGCACACUUGCCUGCUGUAUAGUACUCAGGGUUUUUACUAAGAGCCGGUAGAUGACAAAUUUCUACGAUGGCUACUUUUCUUUGGCAAUCACAAAAACCCAAAAUUUAAUGUUGGAGUUCUGUUCAAAAACUCAAAAUACAUUCUUAGAGGCCCAGAUCUCAUAAUUGUUCCAGGGAGACUUGCCCUGGAUGGACCCCCCCCCCCCCCCUCCCACUUUCCCCCCCCGUCCUUCCCCGCCCCCCCUGUGGCAAAAAAUUUUUUUUUUCUCUCCUUCUCCCACAGUUUUUUCCCCCCCUUUAAAACUUUUUAAAAACCCGGGGGCCCUUUUUUUUUUUCACAAAACAUUUAUUUACCUAGAGCCCGUAGAUGACAAAUUUCUACGAAUGCUAAUUUUCUUUGGCAAACACAAAAAACCAAAAAUUAAAGUUGGAGUUUUGUUUAAAAAACCAAAAAACAUUUUUUGAGGGCCCAAAUUCAUAAAUUUUCCCGGGGGACUUGCCCCGGGGGGGCCCCCCCCCCCCCCUUGCAACUUGCGCCCUCGGUGCUUGCAAGUCGCUCCUGUGGCAAAAGAUUUUUCCUUCUCUGCCUACUCCAAAGCUUUUGCCACCUUCUUAAAACCUUAUUGAAAGCCCGGAGUACUAUUUAUUUUACCAAGAAUCCUUUAAAGAUGCUACAAAAUUUGACAAGAAAGGGUGGGCCAUAGUCCCCUCUGCCAACCCGUAAAUCCUAGGCACCCAAGCACAAAAGUAAGGUGCCAGAGGUCACCUGGCCAGCUGUGCUGGAACACAGCCCUGGAGUGUAACCUUUAGCUGGUAUUUGAAUUUGUAACUCCACCGACUAUGGCUUAACGUUUAAUUUUAUUUAUAACUUGGUGUGUAGGUUUCACUGCAGCCGCGACUCACAGAAGAGGAGUUGUAUGAGCUCUCUCUUGCCAGGGAACCAAGAAGCCCCUCUUCUUCUGUAAGUUUUUUAUUCAUUAAUGGUAUGUUAUCUGAUAUAAAGUGUCAAAAUAUUCAAAUCUCUAACUACCCGCCCCCGGUUGUUAAAACUUUGGAUAGUACCAUUCACCAGAUAAAUCACUAACCAACAGAUAAGUUUUAACGAAACUGAUUGCUUAUCCAUUGGAUCCUAUCCAGCGGAUAGUGUCAUCCACUCUUUGAACAACUCAGGACAGACUCUGAAAAGUUAAAUUAAACGGUUGGGUUUUUUGUUCUUUCUUCAGAGCCCCGGAAGCCAAACAAGUGAGCAAAAUCUCAUGUUCGCUGAUUGGGCAGCCGAGCUACUACACUCAGCCCCAGAUCCCGACACCACAGCCAGACAUGUGUCUUCAAUGGUGGAUGUGAGUAUUAGAUUGUGAGAUUUUGCCCUUGCUCACUCAAGCAAAAUUUGUUUGACAGUGUAGUUAAUUAGAUUGAAAGCGAACUAUUUAAACAUUUAUCAAGUAAUUCCCUAAGCUUUUUCGUUGAAAAGUGCAGGAUAAUUUUAAGGCCAAUGCCCAAUUGUGACAGUAUUCUCUUGCACUUAAGGCGUUUAUCAGGAGCGGCACAAAUUCAAGGGUGUCCUUUUUACACGUCGAUACACCAGUUGGGUCAUUCUACCCUCCACUCCUUAGAAUAGUGCAAAUUUUGAAAGGUCUAAAUACUCUUUCAAGUUUACCAGUAACCACUCUAAGUGUUUAUAUUAACUUUGAUCCUAUUAUCUCUCUUAUUUGUUGUUAGGCUGUCUUCAAGAUUUACGAUGUAAAUAAAGAUGGUUCGAUUUCAGUGGAGGAAUUCGAAGCAAUCGCUACAAAUUUCCCCUUCAUUGAUUCAUUUGGCGUUAUCGAUGUCAACAGGUAAAAAACCUUUUUUAUAACUUUUCAGCAUCGAAAACGUACAUUUUAUUUAAAACAAGGAAUUUUUUCAAGAGAUGUCUCUAAUAAUGAAUUAUACAUGUUUAUCCACUUUUGGUCAAGAAUGGUAUUGUAAUACAUCACGCUUCGCGUGUCUGCUUUAAAAUUGGGUCAUAUAGCAGCUGCUCUGAAGAGAAGUCACCAAUGGUGAGUUUCCCUGACCCCAAACAAUACUAAAACAAUUGAAAGAAUGACCUGUCAUUGUUUCCUGCGAUCAAUUAGGAGAGAAGUUACGCGCAGCUCCUACACUGCCCUUAAAAUUGUUUUGUAGAACGCAACCCAUGUCUUUACAUACGAUAAUAGUUGCUGUAACUUUCUGUGUUUGUUUUACAGUGAUGGUGUAAUUAGUAAAGAGGAGAUGAAAAGUUAUUUUAUGAAAGCAAACUGCCAUGAACUGAGUAAAGGCUUUUCGCAUAACUUUCAAGAAACUACAUACUUUACUCCAACCUACUGUGAUCACUGUGGUGGCCUGGUAAGAAAAUCUUUUAUCUCAUUUCUCAUAUCGGCCAAUAAUCGAGGCAGGACUUAUAGCGCAGUUUACGCGGAGUAGCUAAAUUACUUAAUACGUUAACCUCCGAAUUUUUUGCUCGCAUUUUGAGCAGUAGGAAAUAUCUCCUUAUUCCUCUGUGGCAUUGUUCAAGUUUAAUUUGACCCAUGGCCAAACACGUUGCCUGUCCUAGUCUUGUUAGCCUCCCAGCAAAUCUGGCGCGCACUUUAGCAGCUGAUCCACGUAAAGUGAAAAAUGCUCCGCGCGAUUUUUAAGGCCGUACUUAUUAGUCAUUGCUUGGGUUUCGUGUAGUUGUUCAUUUCCCAUUCUGAGAUUCGAGAGCUUGCUUCAAGCUAGAUAUUCAUGGUGUGUAAAACAGGUUCAUUGGGUGUGAGUGAAAUGAACAAUAGUAAGCUUAAGCGGGCGAGUCUCACUUACUUUUUCAAGGCGGGGCUUGUUUGGUAGAUUAGAACCAAAUUAGCUGGCACACACACGCGCAAAAACUAAUCUAAACUAGAUCCCUCACCACUUAAAAAAAUGGGGAAAGUUGGUACAUUAUAUUUGAACAUGUCUUUGUCUUGUUUACAUUUUAAUUUCAAUAUUAUCUUUUUUUUACAGCUAUGGGGAAUCAUCAAACAGGGAUACAGAUGUAAAGGUAAUGUUAUUUGCAAAAUCCUUUAUGGUUUGCAUAAACAUUGUUUUCGUUUUUAAAAAGAGUAGGUUAAACACAAUACGUGUAACUAAAAUUAUGGGAAUGGUCCUGGUAGCUUUUAAGACAUAUGUGCGUGAUAUAGAGGAAGACAAUGAAGUUUGUAUGUUCAAAUAAUAUAGAUCAGUUAAUCUAGUCAAUCUGAUGCUGAUUGUUAAUUAGUGCUUUGAUUUUAACUCUUCUAGAUUGUCAUAUUAAUUGCCACAAGCAUUGCAAAGCAGAGGUAGUCAAAAACUGUCAGAAACCAGCUCCGCAGUCACAUGGUAAAAAUUUGUUUUAUUACUUUAAAUUUUAUCCUCUUUUAUUUGAAACUCAUUACCACACAUUGGCAUACCUACAAUUCAUUUAUAAAGUAAUUUGAAAAAAGGAUGAAUUGAACUGCAACAUAUACUUAAAUAUUAACUAAAUAAAGAAAGAAAACAGAAUGCGUCUUACAAGAAAAAUUGAUCAUUAAAAAAAAAUAAACUAUAAACUUUUAAACCACGAGGUCCCGUUAGGGUUUCCUGUUCGUGCGUCGCCUCCUUGGAAACCAGGUGGUAGAUAUCUCAGUUUUUCGAUGAAGUUGUAAAACCUAAGGGAACCUUAGAAGGCACAACGGCUGCUAUCAACAAUCAAUCUGCGUUUUUCCCACUUAUCUGCGACUUCUAAAGUAAUAAUGGUAAUAAUGAUAAUGAUGAUAAUGAUGAUGAUGAUGAUGAUGGUGAUAAUUAUAAUUAAGAUAAUGGUAAUGGUAAUAAUCAUAAUCAUAAUAGUAACAAUAAUAAUAAAUAAAUAAAUAAAUAAAUAUUAAACCAGGAGCCUCCACUCACUGCAACUGUUUCUAGGGAGGCGCUGGUAUUAAAAUUGAUGACACUUUCUGAAAUAGAACAGUGUAUUUUUAAAACGAAUGCCUAAGUAAGUAAUGAUUGUAUUUAAAAAGUUUAAGAAAUCUAAACAUCUAAAACAGUUAAAUUCAUUACAUCAGUACAGUUUGAAGGAAUCUAAACUUAAAAAAAUCUGUGACAGACAACUGACUUUUGCCGCUUAUUAUUUUGUAUUGAAGAGGUAAUUUAUUUGCCCCCAAAAAACAACCUUUUCGAAGGAACCCAGUCGCGGAAGGUAAUGAGAUAGUGUUUUGAUCUACGGUGCGAAACGGUUUCGGCAAGUGCACGAAAAAGGCUUCGGUCACUGCAUUCUCCACAGCUUAGAAUCAGUUGUGUGUGAUACACGUAAAACGAUCUCCGUAGCCGAGAAAAAGAUUUGGACGAAAGUCAAAAUGUUCGGGGGGGCGGGGGGGCAAGCUCUUGUUCUUUUGAAGGUUUCUGAAUAUCUGCGGAUGUACUGCCUUUUUUAGAAUCCUACUCAUUGUUAGCAAGACUGUGAUUGGUUUAGAAUAAUUAUUGUCCUCACAUCAAUUUCCAUACUUAAAUUUGCCACUUACCUUUUCAAGUAUUCAAAUAAAAGGAAAAGUUGAAAACUAAAGAGACCAAUUUAAAAAUACGAGUCAUGACAUCGGCUGCCUUCUUCAGUAGUCGCGUCAAAUCCUAUCGCUUUGUUUGGCCUCAAAUGUCUCAGCUUGUUCAUGACGAACCGAUUUCUCAGCGACUGGAGAGAACGGGAAUUUUUCAUCGGCUUGAUGUGAACCCAGGAAUCAGAUUUUCUACUGAGAUGAAGGAGCAAGCGGAGUGACGAAGCAUGGCGCUUGAAUCGGGUCAACGUGACAAGUAAUAUCUUACCUUGCUGAUUUUAACUCUUUUCAACACCUGCAGAAAUAUCUCCCCGCAAAUCGGUUUUACUGAGAUCUAAGUUGAGAAGCAGAAUGAAGCUGCAUAAACACCACUCGGAUGGAUCGCUAAAGAGUAUAGGCAGAGAAAAGCGUCGCUCAAUGGACUCGCUAAGGAGCAUUAAUGGAGAGAGCGACAGCAAGCGCUAUUCUGAUUAUUCCUUGAGGAGCUUCAACGGCGAUUGCGUUAGUAUACCAAUCGACCAAUACGAACAACUUCUUAAGGCCCAACAGGUCAGUGAGAUAAACAAAUCUUCUUGUUCUUUAGCCACAUUGCCUGGUUGUUUUUUAUUUUUGCUGUUACUCCGAGAGGUUUUUGUCUUCUUCGCCUCUCCUUAAAAAACCAACACUUCCAAAUUCCAAUUCCAUCUGUAGCGUACGAACACUUUCAAACCAGUUCUUCAGAUCCUUUAAGUGUUUCGUAAGCAAAAAAUAACAUUUGCGUUUUUUGCUGGGAGCAUAAAUCUGCUAGGGACGUUAGGCACCCACGACGGCAGCAUUAGCGACGGCGGCUUUGACACAAUAAAAAAGAAAAAUAAAGAAAGCAAUAAAGCAACGGUGUGCGUUUUCACAUGCGUUUUCAGUGUUUUGCAUAUUUUUCUCCCGUUCAUCGCAAAACGGCAAGGUCAAAUUGAUCCGAUUAUGGACAACAUGAAGACACAACAGCUUACUUUCGGUUGCAGUGACGUUGUACUAAUAAUACUAAUUCUACUAAUUCUACUAACCAUAAUAACACACAAUUAACAUCUUAAUGAACACUGAUAAAAAGAGAGAUCAUCAAAUCAAAGGAUCAGUAAGAGUGACAAUCGAACAAUGAUUCAUCAAUCAUUCAUAUUCGAACAAUCAUUCAUUCAUUUCAUUUAUUCAUUCAUUCAUUCAUUCAUUCAUUUCAUUCAUUCAUUUCAUUCAUUCAUUCAUUCACUUCCAUUCAUUCAUUCAUACAUUCAUUCAUUCAUUUCCAUUCAUUCAUUUCAUUUCCUUCAUUCAUUCACUCAUUCAUUCAUUCAUUCAUUCAUUCAUUCAUUCAAUAACAACUAACUAACUCUAGAACGAUUUUAAAUUAAUUUUGAAGGGCGCAAAUUGAUUUUGUUUUGUUUUUGUGUUGUGUUUUUUAGUUUUUUAACCAACGUCGCCUCAACUUUCCCGUCGUAGUUGCUUCAAGUCCAUAUUACAUUUUAUUGUCAAGCCUAUUGUGUUGUCACGGUUUUUCACAGACUUUGCAUUAUUGUAGCCUGAAAAAAAAACAGCCGACAUUUCGCGACCUUACAACUGGUUUCCCCACAAAAUGGCGUCUGAGAAACGAGCGCAGAAAUUGCAUACGUGUUACUUCUGGACAGUGCUUUUGAUUGGUUGAAGCAAGUUUCCCUUGCAGCACGACCAAUCAGAAGCACUAUCCAGACCUGGGUAGUGACACGUCAUCAGUAUGGAAUUUCUGCGCUCGUAUUUUAGAAGUCAUUACGCGGGAAAACCACUGGUGGCGUCGCCAAAUGUCGGUUGUUUUCUCAGGCUAGCAUUUUUUUUGUUCUGUUGCCUUUUUUGUAACACGGAUUUUACCAUGUUACCAAUCAGACAGCAUUAUGUGCAGGCUAAAAUCUUUAUUUUUUUUUUGACUUUGCAGUGUAACGAAGAAAUCUUGUUGGAAAAUGCCCGUCUUCGAGGCGAGUUACAGGUCGCUCAACGCAAUGAAAGCUCGCUACGAGAGCAGCUGGCCUCUCUAAAACAGACCACUGUGACUUUUAUAAUGGAUCAAAUGGACGCUUUACAAAUGCAUAAAGAUACUCAAGUAUAG